AUGGAUCUUCCUCAGCUCAAUGCAAAGGCAGCACCGAUCCGAUUUCCGGAUUGUUGUCUCGCUAUAUCAACAAAAUUACUUCAGCUCUUAUCAGAUAUUUUUUCCAAAACUACAGUCUCAGAAGACCAUCCAACCGUCCUCUCCAUCGGAAGCGGCUCUGGCUUGCUCGAAGCUUUUCUGCUCAAUCAACAAGAUAGCGCCCACUACAACUAUCCUUCUUUCAACGUGGAGGGGGUUGAAGUUCAGCAACAGAAUGGGAAAGACGCUGUCAACAAAUAUCUUCCAGAACAAGCCAUUUAUACGGUUCGUGGUAGCUGGGACGUUGUCUCGAGGUUACAAGAUCCAGACGUUACAUCUCUCUUGUUUGUUUAUCCACGUCAACCAGCCCUAAUUCUUGAAUACACGAAAGCCAUCGCGCGAAGAGGGCUGAACGUGCAGGUUAUCGUUUGGUUGGGGCCAAUGGCUGACUGGGAGGUGUUCGAGUCUUGCUUUGAUGCAGGGCAUGAGAAUGGGCAGUUUGCAGUCACUGAGAAAAGGCAAGGAGCAGACGCGGGGCUAAACGAGUACGAGAUGAUGGCCGUGGUUGAGAAGUUACCUAGAUAA